CGGGUUGCUAGUGGAGUCGUGUGGGAGGGAUGGCGGCGUUGGUUUUUGGCUGCGGGGCGGCCGAGCGGGUGUUGCCGGCCUCUCCCAACUGGUACUGCAGCCGGUGCAGCGACACUGCCCAGGAUGGGCGCCUCUUCGGCUUUGCCGCGCGUUACAACGUGUGUCUUCUGGAAGUCCGCCCCGGGGCGCCCGCCUUCUACGGGGAGCUAGUUGGUCACACCGAAAGAGUUUCUGGUUUCUCGUUUUGCCCCUAUCCUGGUCAGAAUUACUACUGUGCCAGCAGCGCUGAUGAUGGAGCUGUGAAAAUCUGGAAUACGCAGACAUUGACUGUUGUGAUGGAACAUGCACUGCAUCAGAACACAAUUUCUGCAUUGCACUGGUCACCCAGAGUGAAAGACUUGGUUGUGUCUGCUGAUGAGAAAGGAAUAGUAAUUUGUUACUGGCAUAAUCGAAAUGACAGCCAGCAGUUCUUUCCAGAGCCUAGAACCAUAUUCUGUCUCACUUGUUCUCCGCACCAUGAGAAUUUGGUAGCCAUUGGCUAUAAAGAUGGAAUUGUGGUCAUUAUCGACAUCAGCAGAAAGGGAGAUGUCAUUCAUCGCCUAAGAGGUCAUGAUGAUGAAAUACAUUCCUUGGCGUGGUGUCCUGUGCUUGGUGAGGAAGAUUUAUUCAGUCGACAAGAAGAGCUUCAAGAAGACACCGUUGCUUCAGGUGUGGCAGAAGAUGCAUCUGUUGCAAAAGGCUACUGCUUGGCCUCAGGAAGCAAAGAUCAGACCAUCCGUGUAUGGAGCUGUACUCGAAGCAGAGCAUUGAUGACUCUGAAGUUACCCUUUUUGAAAAGAAGAGGUGGAGGUGCCGAACCAGCUGUGAAGGAGCGCCUCUGGUUAACACUGCACUGGCCCCAAAGUCAGCCCACACAGAUCUUAUCCAGCUGCUUUGGAGGUGAAUUGUUGCAGUGGGAUUUGACCCAACCUGGGAAGCGGAAGUGGGAGCUUCUGGGAGCCUCAUCUGAAGGACAAAACCAUUCUAGAAUAGUCUUCAAUUUGUGUUCCUUACAAAGAGAGGACAGACAGCUACUUCUCUCCAUUUCAAUGGACAGAGAUGUGAAGUGUUGGGACCUGGCAACUUUAAAUUGCUGCUGGACUAUGCCCUCCCUCGGCGGGUUUGUUUAUAGCCUGGCCUUUUCCCCAGUGGACACAGGCUGCCUUGCUGUAGGAGUUGGAGACAGCAUGCUCCGUGUGUGGAAUACCUUGUCCAUCAGCAAUCACUAUGAUGUGAGAACCUUCUGGCAGGGCAUUAAAUCCAAGGUCACUGCUUUAUCCUGGCAUCCAACAAAGGAAGGCUGUUUAGCCUUUGGAACAGAUGAUGGGAAAGUUGGCAUCUAUGACACCUAUUCCACCAAGCCCCCACAGAUCUCCAGCACCUACCACAAAAAAACUGUGUACACAUUAGCUUGGGGACCUCCUGUUCCUCCAUUGUCCUUCGGAGGAGAUGGGGACAGCCCUUCUGUAACCUUGUACAGCUGUGCUGGAGAGGGAACAGUUUUGCAGCACAAUCCUUGGAAACUUACUGGCGAAGCCCAUGACAUCAACAAACUCAUCCGAGAGACAAAUUCAAUCAAACACAAACUACCAGCACACACAGAGAUCAGCUGGAAACCUGAUGGAAGUAUCUUGGCUAUUGGUAAUGAAGAUGGAUCAAUUGAAAUAUUUUUGGCUCCUGAUUUGAAACUUUUGUGCACCAUCCAGCAGCACCACAAACUCAUCAAUGCUAUUCGAUGGCAUCAUGACCAUGGGACACAGCCAGAACUGAGCCAUAUGAUAGCUUCUGGCUCAAACAAUGCAGUCAUUUAUGUACAUAACAUCAAGAAUGUCAUAGAGUCCUCUCCAGAGAAACCUGUGACAAUAACUGAGCCUUUUCGUACUCUGGUGGGUCACACAGCCAAGAUCACUGGCUUGUCUUGGAGCCCCCAUCAUGAUGGAAGACUGGUGUCUGUCUGCUAUGAUGGCACUGCCCAGGUUUGGGAUGUACUGAAGGAAGAGCCCUUGCACAAUUACCGGGGGCACCGGGGCCGACUGCUUUGUGUACAGUGGUCACCUGUGGAAGCAGAUUGUAUUUAUACUGGAGCUGAUGACUUCUGUGUUCAUAAAUGGGUAACUGUGAAGCAGGAGCACAGCCACCCUCCACAAGUAGGUAAAAAGAGCAUUGAGUUAGAGAAAAAGAGAAACACUCAAAUGAAGCCGAAAGCCAAGAAAAAAAAGAAACCAUCGGGGAAGUUGCCUUCAACACAGGAUGUGAAUGAUUGGCUGAACGGUGGUGAGAAUGCAAAAGAGACUCUGCUGGAGGAGAACGGAAUGUCAGACCAAGAGGGAGAAAAGGAGCAACAGGAGCAGGAGACAGUUGAACGGAUUUGUGUGGAAGUUCACAAAGACUUGUCUGCAGAUCUUUUACCUUCUGGUGGUUCGGAUGUUCCAAAAUCUUCCAUGAUUUCCAAAACCCCAGUGGUGAGGAAGGAUCAGAUAAAACCAGGUUCAGAUACUUCUGUGAAAAGAAAGAAGCCUCGCUCUAUCUUACCUCUCAGCACAGCUAUGGACCACAGGUCAAAGGAGGAGCUGCACCAGGACUGCUUGAGACUGGCAACUUUCUUACAUUCAGAAGAACUGAAUGAAGAUUUAUCCCCUCAUUCAAGGGACCUUAUGCAUUUGGGGCUCUUCACAGAUAGGCCAGCCCUAUACAAGAUGAUGGAAGCAGAAGGAAAAGGCCACUUAGAGAAUGGACACCCAGAGUUAUUUCAGCAGCUCAUGGUGUGGAAAGGAGACCUGAAAGGUGCUCUCCAGUCAGCUGCAGAAAGGGGAGAGCUAACAGACCAGUUGGUGGCUUUCUCGCCAAUGGCUGGCUAUCAAGCCUGGGCGUGGACAGUAGAAGCCUUUGCAAAGCAGCUGUGUUUUCAAGAACAGUAUGUCAAGGCGGCCUCCUAUCUUCUUUCUCUCCAUAAAGUGUACGAAGCUGUGGAACUGUUGAAAUCACAUAAUUUUUUCAGGGAAGCCAUUGUGGUGGCCAAGGCUAGGUUGCGUCCUGAAGAUCCAGUGCUGAAAGACCUGUACACCAGCUGGGCUGCAGUGUUGGAGAAAGACGGCCAUUAUUCCAUGGCAGCCAAAUGUUACCUGGGUGCGGCCUCUCCCUAUGAUGCCGCCAAAGUGCUGGCGAAAAAGGGAGAUGCCACGUCCCUCAAGACUGCCGCUGAGCUGGCUCUGAUUGCUGGCGAGAAGGACCUGUCAGUGACGUUCUCCUUCCGAUGCGCCCAGGAAUUUUUGUCUUCCAAAAACUGGAUUGGGGCACAAGAGGUCCUCCAGCAGCAGGAAAGUUUGCUGGGGCAGAGAUUGGUGUUCUGCCUCAAUGAGUUGCUUCACAAGAGUCUUAGUGAACGGAACCUGGUGGAAAAUCGAAGCCCAUCUGCACCUUGCUACCACAACUGGGCAGUGGAGCAAGACAGGUCUUUUGUAGAGAUGGUGAUCAGUGUAUGGCAGAGCAUAUUCGGUGUGAAUACUGCUGAACAGUCACAAACCCUGUUUGAGCAGCUGAGAGCUCUGGAGUAUCCUCCUGCGACUAGCAAUACUCAUCCCAGGCAGCUUCUGUUCCAUAUUUCUCAUGAACUGACCCUGGCAGUUCUGAGCCUCCAGGCAGCCUCCUGGGUAGAGGCUGGGAGAGCCCUGCUUGGAGCUGUGACUCGUAGCUGUGAUGCUGGGAACUUCCGCCUCAUGCAAGAAGUCUGCAACCUCCUCCUACCUGCAGGCUGUGAUGUUCUGAGAAACAAGCUGGACAGCACAGACUCACAGAGCAUAGCAACUAUCCAAAGCUUGGAAGCUUUUGUGGCUUAUGGACAGCUAUACGAUCUCUGGUGGAACCCACCUGUGGAUUCUCUGAUUCCAGCUUUCUCUCCUGAGCAAUCCACUCUUGGCCAGGGCAGUGCUGCAACAGCUUCCUCAGCCCCACGUGCCAUUUCAGACGAAGUCGACACCGAAGAUCCUGUUUACGAAGGGCACGCUAGUGACCCUCUCUCAGAGACUGAUUCAGCAGGCACCUCAGACCUACCAGUGGAACGACACAUGAAACUAAGGGGCUGUAAAGUGCUUCUCUCUGAAGAACAUGCUGCAAUCCAGAGUAUACAGAGGGAUGUCUCUCGAGUUCAGGAGACUUUGGCAGACAUGAUCUGUCAGCACCAGAAAAGCAAUUCCCACCAAAGUGUCAACAGCAAGCAGGAUUCAGAGGCAGAAUCCCUCAUCAGUCAGAGUCAGAAUAAAGAACAAGUGAAAGAACCUGUUACUUUGUUAGAUCUGACGAAACAACUUACGGAAGCAAAUAAAAAACUAGCAGAGUUUCCAGAGAGUAUAAAGGCUUCUCCUUUCCCGGAUGUAUUGGAGUGCUGCCUUGUUGUACUUCACAUAGGUGCCCAGGGCCAUAUAAAGGUGGUUCCAGAAUUACAGGAGCAAUCAUUAGACCUACUUAGGAAAUAUGGAGGAACUCAUAUAUGUAAAGAAGUUUGCAAGAAGUUCUUCAUAUGACUCUCCUGCUUUUUGUUUUCUCUUGAUAUAAAAGACUUUAAUUUGAAGCUAUGUUUCAUGCUGGAAUGGAUGAACAGGAAACUACUGUUAUACAGUGAUGUUGGUCAAUUAUUCCAGCUGGGAGUGAUGCACAACAGAACAGAAAAAGCUGCCAAAAUAAAAUGCCCCACCUUUUUUCAGUGCUAUCAACUUAUUUUCUACUUGAAAGGAAAACUAUGUAAAAGGUCUUUCUAAUAUACAGAUACUAUUUAAACUGUCUGUGCAUCUCUCACUUUGAGGGAUUAGGUUUGCGAGCAAUAUCUAACUAAUUAAAAAUAAUGUAUAUUCUAAA